AUGCCUUCCAGCUAUUGUGGGCUCUUAUUGGUCUUGCUAGCCCUGUUCCAGGAUAUGGCUGUCUCGUCUCCCAUCCAUCAUCACCACCGCUGCAAAUGGGAAGAAAUCAAAGACCACGCAAGAACCCUGAGUGACCUUGCAAUGAAGUUUUACAACAGUACACAAGCCAAUGACAACGUUGUUCUGGAUAUCCCCAGGAUUCAGUGUGAACAUCGAUGUGGACCCCAAGACCUUUCAUCAAAUAAAACGACAUGUCUGCAGCAUAUCCACCAUGUACUGUCAUUUUACAAGAGGGUUUUGGACGCCUUAACAGAAAAUGACCUAAAGAACUAUGACAAGAAAAAUGACAUUAUCCACAUCAAAAAGGUCUUAUCCAAUUUAGUGCGAUGCUUAGAGGCUCACAGCGUCAAAACCACAACCAUCCCACCGAUAGAGGCAACAAGUGACUUUGUCAAAAAGAGGUUUGGAACACCUCUUGCAUCUUCCAGCUCACUGAUCGCUCGAGUUUUUGCAGUCGGGGAUCCAUCCAAUCACUGGCCAGCGAGGAAGCAAUAA